CUGUCCAUCCCAGUGUCCCUCUGUCCAUCCCAGUGUCCAUCCCAGUGUCCCUCUGCCCCUCCCAGUGUCCCUCUGUCCAUCCCAGUGUCCAUCCCAGUGUCCCUCUGCCCCUCCCAGUGUCCCUCUGUCCAUCCAGUGUCCAUCCCAGUGUCCAUCCCAGUGUCCCUCUGUCCAUCCCAGUGUCCCGAGCCCACCCCAGCACCCCCUCCCCCAGUGUCCACUCCUCGGGCCCCAUGUCGGCCCUGGAUCGUGUCCGAGCGGGCGGCCGGAGCCUGGAUCGCCGCCUGGACUCCGUCCCGGCCGAGGCCCUGCUGGCCGCGCUGCGAGCGGCCGGAGCCGUGUCCGAGCCCGAAUUGGCCGCGCUCGGGCCCCCGGCCGGCCCGGGCUGGGCGCGGCGACUCCGCGCUCUGGCCGCGGCCAGAGGGGACCGGACGUGCCGGGUCCUGCUGACCGUCCUGGAGGGGCUGGAGGGGCCGCCGCGCCCGGGGCCCUUCGAUUUUUACGAUCCGCAGCGCGACGCGGCGCCCGGACACCGCUCGGACUGUCCGUGCUGCCGGCCGGAGGGAGAGUGGACACGCGAGGAAGAGGAGGGAGAGGCCAAAACUGGGGAUGAAGGCCGCGAGGAUGAGGAGGAAGGAGGGGAUGAAGGCCGCGAGGAUGAGGAGGGUGAUGCAGGCCGUGAGGAAGAAGAUCCUGAAAAUGAGGAUGAAGGCCCCGAGGAUGAGGAUGGAGGUGGUGAUGAAGGCCCCGAGGAUGAGGAUGGAGGUGGUGAUGAAGGCCCCGAGGAUGAGGAUGGCGGAGGAGGGGAUGAAGAUUAAAGGCGGGGAGGGGAUGAUGAGGAGGAAGAGGAAGGUGGGGAGGAAGGUGAUGGAGGAAGAGAUGACGAUGAAGAUGAUGACGAUGAAGAAUUUUGGGUCGAAAAAAGCCCAAAAUGGGACUUUGGGUCUCCAUGAUGAUGAUGAAGGUGAAGAUGAUGAAGAGCCUUCCUCCUCCCCCUCCCCCUCCUCCUUCCCCCGCCCCUCCCCCAAUAAAGCC